AUGAGUUUCCGAUUCCCUUAUCACGAAACCCCGUCGAAGGGCAGUUUCAACCGCGAUUUCAAUGAUGCAGAGAAAGGCCAGAACGACACCUCAGGAAUGGCACUUGCACCACUGAGCAAAGUCUACGCAUCCGAGAAAGCAAACGGCCAUCUCACUGCCUUCCCUCCAGCUCAUGAUGGUAACAUGUCGUCCGCCACCCAAUCGACCUCAUCCUUUCACAACUAUAGCAAAUCGGACUCCUCGUUGCCGGUUCUUCCAAAGCAAAAGAUCACACAGCCGGCUUCAAAGAAGCAGGAGCCCAGAAAGAGCACCCUGUUCAUACUUUGGUUCAACACAUAUAAGCGGCUUUUCGUUUUUGUCGUCACGCUCAACCUCGUUGGCAUCAUUCUCACCAGUGUCGGCCAGUUCCAAUAUGCUCAGGACCAUCUUGGUUCCAUGGUUCUUGGAAACUUGCUUUUUGCUAUCUUGAUGCGCAACGAGUUGUUCUUUCGGAUCCUCUAUAUGGCAUUUAUCUACGGACUAAGAAGUGUAGUGGGCGCCAUUAAGAAUGAAAUUGAUGGCAGCGUCGUUUUUGCAGCAUGUUGGAGGAGUGCAUUCUGGCUGUGCACUCUCCGGAACUGCAUUCUCAGUCACCGCAGUAUCCGUGAACCUGCUGUACUCAUUACCGGGGUUGUCACCGUUGUCUUCAUCAUAACGUCCGUGGCAACAUGGUCCUUCGUCGUUUUGAGCAACUCAUAUGAUGCCACUAGCGGCAAGGAUAAUUCCAAUGCGCAGUCCCUGAUCACCACGGAAAACAUCUGGUUCACCAUCUUCAUGACGAUCUUGAUCGCUCUCCCAUGGGUCACAGUCCGACAGGUCCCCGUCGAGGUAGAAAUACCGUCAUCCAAGGUCGCCGUCCUCCGUUUCGAAAGGGGAAUGCAGCAAGGACUUCUGGGACGCAUUGGCCGCUCAGCCUUGAUGGAGUAUCACGCUUUCGGCAUCAUCAGCGAAGGACGUCAUUCGCCUUAUCAUUACAUGGUUUGCGGUGUUCAAGGCGAUUUCACAAAGAGUCUCGUUUCGGACCCGCCUAAAAAGAUCUGGACACGAGAAUUGAAGUUCGCUGGAAUUGGUCACGCUUCGGCCAUGUUCAAGAGGGGUAUCCGUGUCUGCACCGGAACUGGCAUUGGCGCUGCUCUAUCAACAUGCAUCCAGAGCAAGAACUGGUAUGGCUGA